UCGGGACGGAAAGCAGCUCGCGUUGCCGUGCGGAGACGCUGAUCCGAGGCCUGACCCGAGCCCCAGCGCCACUUUACUGACGAUGAAACCCGCAGCAGCAGCAGCAGCGCAGCAGAAGCCGAGGGUUUAGUCCGCGCUGUUCCGAGCUCGUCACGAUGAUUAUAGAGAACGUGGACGCGCUGAAGUCGUGGCUCGCUAAGCUGCUGGAGCCGAUAUGUGAUGCCGACCCGUCUGCUCUGGCCAACUACGUUGUUGCUUUGGUGAAAAAGGACAAACCUGAGAAAGACCUGCGAGCGUUGUGCGCUGACCAGCUGGACGUCUUCCUGCAGAAAGAAACCACUGGCUUUGUGGAGAAGCUCUUUGAAAGUCUCACCACCAAAAACUACCUGGGAAAUCCUCCUGCUAAAGAAGUUCCUAAAGAGGAGACGAAAGCUCCAGCUCCAAAACCUGCUGAAGCAGAAGAGGUUUCGCUCUGUGUUCAGGCGGGUCACGCGGAGGAUGAGAAGGAAAGCCGGAGGAGACGGAGUCCACUGAGGAAUCGUUCAGACUUUAAUGAAUCAAGGAAUCGGGACGAGCGACGGAGAGACGAGCGCAGACGGCGGGAGCCCGAGCGGCACGGGAAGAGCAGCGAGAUGUACAGAGAGAGAGAACGGGAACGAGAGAGGAACGACCGGAGGAGAGCGAGCUCACGAGGACGCAGCCGCAGUCGCAGCAGGAGUCGCAGUCGCAGCAGCAGCAGAGGGAAGAGCAGAGACCGAGAGCAGAGACGAGAACACAGGUCCAAAUUCGAGCAGGAGCGGAAGGAGCCGGAGCCGUACACUCCGUUAUCGUCAGGUCCCUUAGGGAAACCUCAGCAGCAGCAGCCGCCGCUGCCGCCGCCGCAGCUCCCCCUGCUCCCGCUGCCCCACCCUCGCUCUCCGUUUCCCCCCUCGGGCAGUCCCAGCAUCCCUAGCGCCGUAACGGCUCACCUGCCCGACAGCACCACUGAGAACUGGGCCGCUUACUACUCUAACCACGGCGAGGGCAAGUGCGGCACGCUGAAACACCGCUGCCGGGAUUACGACGAGAAAGGAUUCUGUGUCCGCGGUGACCUUUGUCCUUUCGACCAUGGCAACGACCCUCUGAUCGUGGACGACGUCGCCCUGCCCACCAUGAUUCCCUUCCCUCCCCCCGGCAUGCCCCCCGCCCGCAUGCCCCUCCCCCUGCCCCCCAUGCCCGAGCCCCUCCCCGUCAUGCCCAUGCCGAUCCCGCCCCACGGGCAGCCCCCGCCGCCAGGCAUCUACCCCAUGGCAGGGCCGCCUCUAAUCCCAGCCAGUGGGAUAGAGACUCCGCCCCACGCACGGACGAGCACCUCCUCCCCUCUGGCUCCGCCUGGAGUAAACCCACCUCCACCUCCUCCUCCUCCACCUCCUCCUUCUUCUUCUGCUAUUUCUUCUGCUUCUCUACAUCCUCAGUACACUCUGUCUGAAUACAGCUACGAUCCUGAAGCGUAUAAUCCAGAAUCUCCGGCCAUCACCGGGACGGGCCGAGCUCAGUACCGGCAGUUUAUUCCUCGCAUCCAGACCCAGAGACCCAACUUGAUCGGUCUCACGUCAGGAGACACACAGAGCUCCCGAGCUGCUAACAUAGUAAUCCAGACGGAGCCGUCGAUAACCAACGCCUCGAGCGGUGAGGUGAGACACGGCAUGGAGCUCGACAGCAGGAAGAGAUCACUGGAGUCUGCAGACGGGCCUCAGGCCAAAAAGCCCUGGACAGACAAGCAAAACUUCAACAAUCAGCACAAGCCGGCCUUCCCCAAGAAGAACCACUACGUCAACACCAAACUCGAAGUCCGCAGAAUUCCCCGAGAACUCAACAACAUAACCAAACUAAACGAACAUUUCAGCAAGUUUGGGACCAUCGUGAAUAUCCAGGUGGUGUUUGGAGGCGACCCGGAAGCGGCUCUGAUCCAGUAUACGGCCAACGAGGAGGCUCGGAGGGCCAUCUCCAGCACCGAGGCUGUGCUCAAUAACCGCUUUAUCAGAGUGUACUGGCACAGAGAGAACACGACGCAGAACCAGGAGCAGAACACCAACCAGAGCACCAGCCUCGGCACACAGAUACCCCCUGUCCAUAAGGUCAUUAAUAAGCCCCACACACCCGGGGCCUAUGUGCUGAAUAAGAGCUUCCCAAAACAGCAGGGUACCUCCGGAACCGGACCUGCAGCCACUCUCGACCCGCUCAGUCCCGCUCCAGAGUCCUCUUCGGCAGUUGCUCCAGCUUCUGCGCUACAGAAAGGACUUUACUCACGGACAGUGUUUAAACCCGUCCCAAAGCCACUGGGGAAAACGGCCAAAGCCCUCGAGGAUCAGGAUGUUCUGAAAAAGAAGCAGGAGGCGCUGAAGCUGCAGCAGGAUAUGAGGAAAAAGAAACGAGAGAUGCUGGAAAAGCAGAUAGAGUAUCAAAAAGUGUUGAUAAAUCGUCUAGAGAAGAAUCGUGGGAUGAAGCCAGAGGAGCGAGCAAACAUUAUGAAGACCUUGAAGGAGCUCACAGAGAAGAUCUCUCAGCUGAAGAACGAGAUCAGCAAUAGCAAUGUCUCUCAGUCUGCCGGCAAUGCUGCUCAGCCCAAAACCAAAACAGACGCGCAGAAGGAGCUGCUGGAUGCAGAGUUGGACUUCCACAAGAAGUUGACCACAGGAGAGGACACUACAGACCUGAAGAGGAGACUGGGUCAGCUGCAGGUUGAGGCGAAGCGGUUAGGGCUGUUACCUGGAGGCCGAGCUAAGCCCCCACUGAGCGCGAGUCGAGGCCGAGGCCGAGGCCGAGGGAGGAGUGGAAGAGGCAGAGGAGCUCCCAGCCAUAUGGUGGUAGAUCACCGUCCUCGCACCCUCGCCAUCCUGGGAGUCACACAGGAGGAGAAGGAGGAGCUCAUGCCGCACUUUGUGAAAUUUGGAGAGAUUGAAGAGCUUCGUGACCAAGACGCUACCAGCGUUGUGAUGACGUUCAAGACUCGCAGUGAAGCAGAGAAUGCUGCAAAUCAAGGGGCAAAGUUCAAAGGGCGGAUUCUACAAAUCUCCUGGUACAAACCCAAAACCCCGUCUGUCACCACUGAACCUGAAGAAGAGGAGUCAAAGGAAGAGGUUAAUGCGGAGUCAGUGAGCCCUUUCUUGCUGCCGGAGGAGGAAGAGGAAGACGAUGAUGAAGACGAUGAUUAUGAGAGUCGCUCAUGGAGGCGAUGAAAACAGAAGCCCAGACAUUGUUACUCUUUUUCAUUGUGUAAAGUAAAGCCUUUUUAAGAAGCUUAUUUAAGUCCAUAAUUCAUUUUGUUUUCACGACUGGUUUCCAGUAUUUUUAGAGUUUAAGAGAAAAGGAUUAGAGUGUGAUGGACAGUUGCUCUGUCUGGAGGAAUGUGAGGUAUUUAGAAGUCACGUGUUUGUUUUACUCUAAACCCUCAGCGCAAUUUACUAAACUCUCACUUUUGCUGAGACAGAAAUGGAUUUAACUCUAACUAAUUGAAUAUUGUUUCACUGUGAUUGAUCUGACGUCAGUAAUACUUUUGUGACUACUGUGAAGAUUUUUGGAAUUUGCCCGAAAACAAAAAUAGCGAGAUACAUAAUCCAGUACGACCCCAACAGUUUAAUUAUUAUUCCUCUUCUAUCUUCCAGAUUUGUGGUGCCACUUGAUGUAAAUAUGAACUCAGUGGGGCGUGUGUGUGUGUGUGUGUGUGUGUGCGCACCCGAACCCGAACAUGUUCACAUUUGUCUUUUGCUCUGAGUUGUGUUUAUUCAUCUGAAACCAAAAAGAGCUUUGGAUUGGAGUGUAACAUAUUCUUCUUCUUUGCAAAGAAAAUGUUAACGGUGGUGUUUUAAGUGUUAACAUUUUGAUUUGUAUAUCAUUUUUUUGGCCUUACUCUAUCAGUGGACAGCUAACUUUUUACAAGAUUUCUGAUUAUUUUUUGUACAUUUUGUAAAUGGUUGCAAUAGUAAUGACUGUUUGCUUAAUUAUUUUAGCCAUUAGAAUGAAUGGCACAAUGUUCAGAUCAUUCACUCACAAGAGUGCUUAGAUUUUUUUUUUUUUUUUACUUGUAAAAUAAAAAAAUUGCUGCAUAUAGAGAUUAGGACAUUUAGGUAUUAGAAGUAAAAACUUCUAUUUUGCUUUUGAAAAGUCUCAGAUUUAGGAUUGUCAGUCAAAUUUCAAGACACAGGAUAAUUCAUUGUUUGCGUAACUGUGCUCCUACACCAUGGUUGUGUAAAAUGUUUACUGUAAACUGGAUUUGAACUUUAUUAUUGUUUAUAUAUUUGAGGCUUGAUAGAUGUAUUUUUCUUUUUUUCCUGCUUGUAAAAAUGGAUUUCAAACACUCACAGUUACUUAUUAAUAAAGGCGAAGGAAUGGGGGAAAUCAAACAGAAGAAUAAAAAAAAAAAAAAGUUAAAU